CUGUACAUCUGUGCAUUGCUGAAAGAACUCUGUUCACCCCCCUGUAAAUAUGUCUGCAGUCUCUGGUCAUCUCCUGUACUGUGUCCGCAGUCUCUGGUCAUCUCCUGUACUGUGUCCGCAGUCUCCGGUCAUCACCCUGUACUGUGUCCGCAGUCUCUGGUCAUCUCCUGUACUGUGUCCGCAGUCUCCGGUCAUCUCCUAUACUGUGUCCGCAGUCUCUGGUCAUCUCCUGUCUCUCUGGUCAGUCUCUGGUCAUCUCCUGUAGUAUGUCCGCAGUCUCUGGUCAUCUCCUGUAGUAUGUCCGCAGUCUCUGGUCAUCUCCCGUAAUAUGUCCGCCGUCUCUGGUCAUCUCCCGUACUAUGUCGCCGUCUCUGGUCAUCUCCCGUAAUAUGUCUGCCGUCUCUGGUCAUCUCCCGUACUAUGUCUGCCGUCUCUGGUCAUCUCCUGUACUAUGUCUGCCGCCUCUGGUCAUCUCCCGUUCUAUGUCUGCCGUCUCUGGUCAUCUCCCGUUCUAUAUCUGCAGUCUCUGGUCAUCUCCCGUACUGUGUCUGCUGUCUCUGGUCAUCUCCCAUACGAUGUCUGCAGUCUCUGGUCAUCUCCUGUACUAUGUCUGUAGUUUUGGU